AUGAGUAGAUAAAAUUCAUAAGAUAAAUAUCUAAAAUCAGCGAACUCAUGUCGAAACUAAGGAAGAUAGCUGAAUAUUAUCGAUUUUAUAAUGAAAUAAAACUUUUAGGAUAAAGGUCCUUCAACAAUAGAAUUUUAGGAAGAAAUGAAUACAUAGAAGACAUGCCAAACGUGUUUAUAAGUGCAAGAGGAAUUAAAAAAAUUUGUGAAUGCAGAAAGAUUUUAAUAGGUAAUAGAAAAGAUGUGGCAAAAGAUUCGAAAAAUGGAAGAGGACAAUCAAAAGGUAUUGUUAAAAAUGGAGAAUCUCGAAAAAGCUGUAAUAGAUCAAUAAGGGUUUUUAGAUGAAUUGAAUGAUCAAUAAUACAAGUCAUAAUAAUAAUAAGAUUAUUCUCAGAUUAUACAAUAAGUGACUUUGGAUAAAGGGUAACUUGAGAAACUAGAGAAGAAAAUUUCAAAAGACAAUUUAGCAGGUAUCAAGAGCAUUGAGGAUAAUUUAUAUAAGAUCCUAAAUAAGGAGAUUUAAUCGAAGUUUAUGGUUAUGCAAGAAAAACUCGAAGAAAUUAGCCAAUAAUUUGGAGGUGUAAACGAGUAGAUUGAACUUUUUAAUCAUAAGCAUGGAGUCACUCGUGAAGAAUGUGAAGAGAGAAUUAAUUAAAUAGCUGCAAUUGUUAAUGAGAACAAUCAACUACAAAGAACCAAUAAUAAUGGAGUGGCUGAAAUGCAAUAGCAUUAUAGUGAUUUGGAUGCAGACAUGAUGAGAAUAUUUUAACAUAUAAAGGCAUUAUUGGAGAAUGAUUACAAAAUAUCAGAGAUGGAAUAGAACAUAAAUAAUUUGAAGUCUUAAUUGGUUUAAUUGAGAAAUGCUGUUAAUGAAAUUGGUGAUUUUGUUUCAAAAAUAUGA